GAGUUUCGUAUUUCAUUUCUAUGUUGACAUACCUGUGCCGCCCUACCUGUGCUACACAUGAAACACACCCAACAUUUGUUUUGUCACAUUAGCUUCAAUUUGAAUCCGUCCGUAAAAUGUCUUAAAUUUAACUAAUAAUUAAUAUAUUUGUAAUUUUAUAUAUAAAUUAACCCCAAUUUGAUGUAUAAUUGACAUAUAAUUUGAACACACAAUGAAAGUAAACCAUUUGGCGAAUCUCUUGUUGAUAAUCUCUACGAUCUCAUCGGUGAUCAUCAGUGUGUCGUCCAUAAGUUGCUAUCAAUGCGAAAGUAAUAGUGAAUUAGAUUGCGCUGAAAAGUUUGAUGCGGACACCACUGAAUUGCUACCCAAACCAUGCAAUCACGUGUUUGAGGCCCGAUAUUGUAUUAAAUCUACGGGAAUGUUUGAAGGUAAAAUCGGUACAAAAAGAUUUUGCUCGUCACGUGAUUUCGGCGAUUACUGCGAUUAUGUCCGCCGACCGGGAGAUGAAAGAGACUACAGAAGCUGUAUAUUCACGUGUUCUUCGGACGACUGCAAUCACUCGACCCAUACAUAUGUCUCACAUUUUUUGUUAAUAACUGAUCCCAAAGCCGUCCCACAAAUUGAUGUGUUUUUGGUUGAGUAUUACGGAGUGUUUGGGCAGAAUCGCACCGACUGUCAGAAAAUAUAUUUUCUUAUUAUAGCAUUUUUAGCUCUCAGUCCUCAAUAA